AUCGAGUCCAAGGGGUACGAAGUAAUGCCGUGUUCUUCGUGUCUGGAGGAAGGGGUGGCGUGCAAGAUGGUGGAUGGGGUCAAGAGCCGUUCUCAGUGUACGAAACGAGGUCGUUCCUGUGAUGCUGGUCGAAUCCCCAUGUCUUCUCGUGAGCCUUCCCUUUCCUCUUUCUUAGUU